AUGGCAGAACGAAAAGCAAUAAAUCGAUAUAUCCCACCUGAUUUUGAUCCAGAAAUUCAUAAAAGUAUUAAUGGGUAUGGAAAAGUUUCACAUUUAAGAAAGAGAAUCAAAAGUAAUGGAACAAUGAUUAUUCGAAUUGAAUUGCCUUUCGGGAUUUGGUGUGAUGGAUGUAAAAAUCUCAUAGGAAAAGGUACUCGUUUUAAUGCAACAAAACGACAAGUUGGGAUGUAUUAUUCAAGUAAAGUUUUUGAAUUUGAGAUAAAUUGUAAAGAUUGCCAUUCAGUUAUUACACUUCAAAGUGACCCACAAGUUUGUUUGUAUGAAUAA